UGUGUCAUUCUUAGGAAAGCCACCAGACAGUUCUGUGAUGAAUGUAGCCACAGGGAAGAACCAAGAUGCCAUCCCCAGAAAGACGCAGACCUACUUCCUGGGUUGUUUCCUGCUGAAGUUUGGCCUGACCGUGUGUGCCUACCUGCUAGGCUUUGGCUUUACGCUGCACGAGGUCUGCCUGAGGACCAACAACCUGACCCUGGCAGAGAACACCACCAUCAGCUGUACUGAUAUCCUCAGUGUCAGUUCAGCUCGGGACGCUCCCCAUUGGUUCAGAGAGCUGUCCAACGGCCUGCUGCUCACUCAGAAGGUCAUGGCUGGGUUCCUGGCCCUGCACACCGUCGUCAUCUCGCUAAGUUACGUCCAUCGCUCCCAGCCUCUGUGGAAGAAGAACCCUUUCAGCAACACCUGGUGGUGCCUCACUGUCCUUGUAGUUCUGUUGGGUCAGAUGGUACAGGCCACGGUGGACUACAAGCUGUGGCAGGACAGGUCGGGUUCUUUGACCUUUGGCCUGAAGGACAUCCCCAUGCUGGCCUGGCUGUUGGUCUCCCUGUCCUGCCUGGUGGUGGUGCUGCUCAACGAGGCCGUCAAACUACACGAGAUACGGGUGAGGGUUCGCUACCAGAAGAGACAGAAGCUACAGUUUGAGACUAAAUAGGGAUGA